UUUGUUUAAGGUUCCAAUUUACCGAGAUCCAAUGAGAAAGUACCUAUUUGUGAUUUUAAUAACUGUGAUAUUAAUAUGUACUUAUAACCUACAAACAGCAGAAAUUACUUCUUAUCAACUAGAGCACAUGACUUCGGUGAAUCCCCAAAAAAUGGUUUACUUAAUUAACACCUCGAACUGUAGAAUUCCAGAUGACGAUCCGUUCAAUGCUGAUAUCAUCGACUUUAUUAAAGAAGAAAAACCGUAUAAAUGUUCGAAAUAUGAUCUCCUUUCUUACAUAGAUAAGAAAAACGGAAUUGUCUCGUUAAACAUUAAUAAAUCUCUCGUAGAAGCUUACAGUAACUUUAAGAUCCAAUGUUGUUACUCAAAUAUUACUAGAAUUGACUAUGAAGUCCGUGCUGAUAACCAGAUCAAGUUAACUGAUUGCAUCCCAUUUGAAGAGUCAGUCGAGCUUACCUUCCCAUACGUACAUGUCAAAUGUUUCAACAAACUUAUGAACGUUUAUACCAAUGUUCAUGCAACGACGUUACCUCUACCAAAACGAACCACGUCAUCUAAAAAAAAACCAAAGUUUAGCGUUUUACUAUUAGGAAUAGACAGCAUGUCAAAGUCUAACAUUCAAAGAAGCAUGCCAAAGACAUUUGCGUACGCUGAAAAACAUUUUAAUACCUUAAAAGGAUACAACAAAAUAGGUGAAAACACCUUUCCAAAUCUAAUGGCUAUUCUUACAGGUUACAACAUGCUUCAGCUAGCUGAUAUCUGCAACAAUUCUGUGAAAUUAAAUAACUGUCAAUUUAUCUGGGAUAAAUUUAGAGAAUCUGGUUAUAUUACAGCUUAUUCAGAAGAUGAGUGUUGGAUUAGUACUUUCAAUUAUGACAGACCAGGAUUUUUAGACGAGCCAACCGAUUUUUACUACCAUUCUUACUUUCUAGCAGCCGAAAAAUUAAAAGUUACAAAACGACAUUCAAUGACUUAUUGCGCUGGUCCAGAGACAUCUGGCGAGAGAUUAUUAAACACUGCUAGAGAUUUUGCUGUCACAUUUAAAGAUGUUCCUAGUUUCGGCUUAUUUUGGGCUAACAGUUUUAGCCACGAUGACGUCAAUAUGCCAGCUGUUAUGGAUGAAGCAACCUUUAGAUUGCUAAGUGAUCCUGAAUUUAUUUCUGCUCUAAAAGAUACCAUAUUAAUAUUUUUUAGUGAUCAUGGGUUUAGAUUUGGUAAUAUUAGAUAUACCCAUUCUGGUUGGUUAGAAGAAAGAUUGCCUUUUUUGUACAUCAAAUUUCCUGAUAAAUUCAAGAAUCUUUACUACGACAAAUAUUUGAACUUCUUAGUUAAUACUGAAAGAUUAACAGUUCCUUAUGAUUUGUUCAAUACUUUUCAGAGUAUUUUAGAAAUAGGAAAUGGUAGUUACGAAAUUAAUUUUAGUAAAGGUUGUCCAGAGUGCCUAUCUCUAUUUUCUAAAGUACCAGAGGAUAGAACUUGCGAAGAUGCUCAUAUUGAGCAACACUGGUGUACCUGCAAAGGACACACUUAUAUAAAUUCAAAUACGCCAAUAAUACAUCUUCUAUCUCAAUUUGUUGUUAAUGAAACUAACAAUUUAGUAAAACGUUUACCACAAGGGUAUUUAUGUUCGCCAUAUUCAUUAAACAAAAUUCGUUCAGCAGGUAUUUCAGAACCAUACAUUAACCAUCAAAAUAAAACUGUCCAUUUUUAUCUUGUUAUGGUUGAAACCGCUCCUCCAGCCAUAUUAGAAGCCACCGUUGAGGCUUCUAUUAACAGCGGCAAACAAUCGUUUAACUUAUUGGGGAAUAUCAGUAGAAUAGACAGAUAUGAUCCAGUGACAUGGUGUGUUAAAAAUGGCCCUGUUAAAAAAUAUUGUUAUUGUGCCAAGAAAACUAUUUUUAACUUUUUUAAAAAUGUAUUUUCUUUUUGGUAG